ACCCGUCAUCUCCGCCAUUUUCUGACCGAAUCCGUACGGCUAGUCCCACUUCCUGAUUUUGUAGCGGGCUGAAAAGUGGACUUGUUUCACGGCGAGUAACCCUCCGUUGCGUGGAAUUUGCCGAGUUGUCAUCGGUUUAGAACUCAUCCUAAGACGGACAAACCCUUCUGCUGCAUGUUGGGGGAUCUGUAGACGAGAUUUGCUGAGGGAAAGUGGAGUUUGAUGGCAGCAAACGGGACAGAUUCUAUGGGAAAUAUGAACGACGAACUUGAUCCAAAGUGGUACUUCGGACGCCUGACCCGAUAUGAGGCAGACAGUUACCUCAACAACACCAAAGCUGGCACCUACCUGGUCCGAGACAGCAGCACCAGCCAUGGAGAUUACGUACUCUGUGUCAGUGAGAAUUGCAAGGUGUCCCAUUAUAUCAUUCAAUCGCCGAUGCACACAGAGCUCAACAUGUACGUGAUCGGUGACCAGUCGUUUUCCACCUUACCGCAGGUGCUGGAGUUCUACAAGCUCCAUUUCCUAGACACGACAACUCUCGUCGAGCCGUGCCAGAGGCAUCCGCCCAGCAGAGACGUGCCCGAUCUGAUGGGGGCGCCGCUAUCCCAGCACGCGCAGGGGCCAUCCCACAAUUCUCAGAUCCCUCCUCCGCUGCCCGCGAUGAACUCCAGGUCGCCCGGCCUGGGCCUCAUCUGCAAAGCACUGUUCAAUUUCACAAAAACGGAUGACGAGGACCUGUCAUUUGCGAAAGGCGACAAAUUGACGAUCAUCAGAAAGGACGAGGAUCAGUGGUGGCUGGCCAGAAAUAACAUGGGUGACGAGGGCCUGGUGCCUGCCAACUACAUCAAACCACUGAACGAACUCGGAGGAAGCGACGGCAAAGGGGCCGGGGACGGUCGACACUCCAUGGGAGAGGAUUCCAAGACCGCCACCAAUAACGACCAGUAUCGGCAGCUGAACUCCAUCAACCCAAACAUUGUGCAGUACGCCAUCGUGGAGCAAGGCCGGAUCCCCAGCGCGUACGACAACACACAACUCAAACUUGAGGUGGGGAAUCUAAUCAAAGUCCUUGAGAGGAACGUGUCCGGUAACUGGAAGGGCGAGGUCAACGGCAAACAAGGGUACUUCCCCUUCAACAGGGUCCGAUUACUAGACCAAAAAACCUACGAGGGACUCAUAGAGGAACGAAGGAAAGCCAACAACGUCAGUGCGUAAUGGCGGGAAAUCCUUGCACCUUUCGAGAAAUGAAAAAAAAUAAAAGUAGAAAAACUUUGGUGUCCAACCGCACACCUUUAUGUAUGAUUUGUGGAUGACUUGACUUUGUACAUAGCCGCAUUAGACCACUGUGAAUAUAUAUAUAUUAACCAAAAAAGUGCAUAGAUUAUAUGCUGGUGCUGUACAGCAAAGUGGUUUGAUGAUUAUCGUCUUCUUGAACGACAAACGGGAAGUAGCAUGAAACGCGAGGAAGGGAUAUCGGCACCAGGGACGCGGUUGGAAGAUGCGUAACGGAGACGUCUGCUUUUGCCAGCAAGCCAACUUGGAGUGCGUUGCUACGUGGCCCGAUGGAACGAUGAUCACAUUUCAAAUCUCGCGAUUGAUUCUGGGUCAAUGGAGCGUGUCAUCCAAAACGAUCUUCGUCUUCGAGAUUCUGUACUUCAUCACUUGCCACGUUGCCAUCGCAUCUGACUUCUCCCUUGGAGUGAAGGGCAGGUACCUGAAUAUAUGCAAAUAAAAAAAAAAAAAAACGACGAAAGGAGGGAAGAGGAACCACCCUGGUUUGGACGGGCGAAUCUGCGUGAGCAAGCUGCUGUUUUAGUUCAGGAUUCUUGUAAGUACAAGUAGGUAAUGCCAACUUCAGAGUAAAGCAAUUGUAGUGUGAAGUUUGGGCUCUUAUGAAAUACGGACUUGGUUGUAUGGCUCAUGCUUAAGUGAAGAGAAUCCAAACGUUGACAGCUCACUUGCGAGGGUAGCGUCCAUAUAAGAGAACAGACUUCAUGGGAAUCCAAAUAGAGCUGUGCAUCGGAGCCGGGUACCCGAGUAUCCGACUGUUUCCGAACCAGAUUAUGGAAUUGAGUACCAGUAACCAUCUGUAGAAAUUACUCAGUCACUUCUCAGAAAAUAAAAAAAAGAGCAGCUUCGAAUGUCAUUGAUACUUCGGGAAAUUUCAACAUAAAAAACAGACUACGUGGAAAACAAAACCAAUUCCACGUUUACGAUGCUCGUGAUAGUCGCAGUUUUUACCAUAAAGCUAAAGAGCUCACUAUAUACAUUUGUGUACUGACGCACCGAUACCAGGUAGUAUUAGUAUGCAAACCUUUAUGAAAAAUCU